AAAUCACUUUCCAGAGACCCGCCCUCGCCGGCAUGGCGGUACCCGUUCGGAGCGAGUUCGUUUACUCUGUGCUGUGGCCGGGGCGGGGGUCUGGGCUAUAGGCAGAUAGUUUUUGGUUCCACAAUGUUUGGGAACCUGUUUGAAGAGGAUUAUUCCAGUGUGUCAAAUAGUCAGUAUGGAAAAGGGAAGAAAUUAAAGACUAAAGGUUUGGAGCCACCAGCCCCUAGAGAAUUCACCAAUUUAAGUGGAAUCAGAAAUCAGGGUGGAACCUGUUACCUCAAUUCCCUUCUUCAGACUCUUCAUUUCACACCUGAAUUCAGAGAAGCUUUAUUUUCUCUUGGUCCGGAAGAGCUUGGUUCUUUAGAGGAUAAGGAUAAGCCUAAUGCAAAGGUCCGGAUCAUACCUUUGCAGUUGCAGCGCUUGUUUGCUCAGCUUCUGCUCCUGGAUCAGGAGGCUGCAUCAACCAUAGAUCUCACUGACAGCUUUGGGUGGACCAGUGAUGAGGAAAUGAGACAACAUGAUGUGCAGGAACUGAAUCGAAUUCUCUUCAGUGCUUUGGAAACAUCUUUAGUUGGGACCUCUGGCCAUGACCUCAUUAAUCGUCUAUACCAUGGCACCAUUGUGAACCAGAUUGUUUGCAAAGAGUGUAAGAAUAUAAGUGAGAAGCAGGAAGACUUCUUGGAUCUGACAGUAGCAGUCAAAAACGUAUCUGGUUUAGAAGAUGCACUCUGGAACAUGUAUGUGGAAGAGGAAGUUUUUGAUUGUGACAACCUGUACCACUGUGGAACCUGUGACCGACUGGUUAAAGCAACAAAGUCUGCCAAAUUACGUAAGCUGCCUCCUUUUCUUACUAUUUCAUUACUAAGAUUUAAUUUCGAUUUUGUGAAAUGUGAACGCUACAAGGAAACUAGCUGUUAUACGUUCCCCCUCCGGAUCAAUCUCAAGCCUUUUUGUGAACAGAGUGAACUGGAUGACAUGGAAUAUAUGUAUGACCUCUUCUCCGUCAUUAUCCACAAAGGUGGCUGCUAUGGAGGUCAUUACCAUGUGUACAUUAAAGAUGUUGAUCAUCUAGGAAACUGGCAAUGUCAAGAAGAGAUAAGUGAUUCAGAUGUGAACUUGGAAGCUCUUCAGAAUGACGAUGAGACUGAUGACCCAUUGAUGAUUCUAAAAGCAAUCUUAUUGCAGGAGGAGGCCAAUCAAAUUCCUGUUGAUCAGCUGGGCCAGAAACUCUUGAAAAAGACAGGAAUAUCUUGGAACAAGAAGUACAGAAAACAGUAUGGAGCACUAAGAAAGUUCUUACAGCUCCAUCCUCAGAUAUUUCUGCUCAGCACAGAUGAAAGUACAGUCAGUCUCUUGAGGAACCAUUUUACCCAGGCCCCAUCUGAUCUCCAAAGGAGCCGUGAACAGAUUCUACAUGCACUUGCUUCAGAACCUCCAGGGUUAAGCGAUAAUACCAGCUGUCCCCAUUGGUUUGAUAUCAAUGAUUCCAAAGUCCAGCCAAUCAGAGAGAAAGCUAUCACACAGCAGUUCCAGGGUAAAGAAAGUGCCUACAUGCUGUUUUAUCGGAAAGCCAAGCUGCAGAGGCCCUCUGAAGCUCGAGCCAAUCCAAGAUACAGGGUUCCAUGUCAUUUGCUGAAGGAAAUGGAUGCAGCCAACAUUCAACUGCAAAUGAGAAGGGCAGAGUGUGACUCUGCAAACAAUAAUUUUGAAUUGCAUCUCCAUCUGGGUCCUCACUACCGUUUCUUCAAUGGGGCUCUUCAUCCUGCAAUCUCUCAGACAGAAAGUGUGUGGGAUUUAACCUUUGAUAAAAGAAAAACUUUAGGAGAUCUCCGUCAGUCAAUAUUUCAGCUAUUGGAAUUUUGGGAAGGAGACAUGGUUCUUAGUGUUGCGAAGCGUGUGCCAGCAGGACUUCACGUGUACCAUACCCUUGAUGGAGAUGAGCUGACACUGUGUGAAGCCGACAUUGCUGAUGGGGAAGAUAUCUUUGUAUGGAAUGGAGUAGAGGUUGGUGGAGUCCAGAUUCAGACUGGUUCCGAUUGUGAGCCUCUGCUGCUACACAUUCUUCAUCUAGAAAUGAGUGGUGAAGGCUCAAAGUGUGAGCAGUUGGUGGAGUCACCACAUGUCUUUCCAGCUAAUGCAGAAGUGGGCAGUGUGUUCACAGCCUUGGCCAUCCCAGUAGGCGUCAUCCUCACGAACAGUGUGGAGUCUGCAGAAGGAGAGUGCUGGACUACUAUUCCCAAGGAAGACAUGAAGAAGACAUUCAGAGAACAGGGUCUCAGAAAUGGAAGCUUAAUUUUGGUUCAGGAUUCAGACACUGAUGAUAACAGUUUGUUGCCCAGACAAGGGAGAUGGACCUCCAGUGUGGAUGAGCUCAACUGGCUCCAAGUGAAAAACUUCUGCCAGUUAGAAUCUGAAGAGGAGCAGGUUCAGAUAGCCGUGACCACACACACAGUGGUGUUUGAUAUUCGAAUUAAAGCCAUUAAGGAAUUAAAAUUAAUGAAGGAACUAGCUGAGAACAGCUGUUUGAGACCCAUUGAUAGAAACGGGAAGCUUCUUUGUCCAGUACCAGAUGCUUGUACUUUGGAGGAAGCAGAGGUGAAAAUGGGGAGUUCCUUGGGACUGUGUCUGGGAAAAGCACCGACUUCCUCUCAGCUGUUCCUGUUUUUUGCUCUGGGGACUGACAUUCAUCCUGGGGCAGAGAUGGAAAUCAUAGUAGAAGAAACACUCUCAGUAAAAGAUUGUUUAAAGAUAAUGCUGGAGAAGUCAGGUCAGCAAGGAGAGAUGUGGCACUUGCGGAAAAUGGAUUGGUGCUAUGAAGCUGGGGAACCUUUAUGUGAAGAGGAUGCAACACUGAAGGAGCUCAUGAUAUGUUCUGGUGAUACUUUACUUCUAACUGAAGGAAAACUUCCUCCUCCGGGUUUCUUGAAGGUGCCCAUCUGGUGGUACCAGCCUGCAAGGCUGUCAGGACACUGCGAGAGUUGGGACCACUCCAACUGUGCCUCUUCUCAAGAUAGCAGCUGGGGAGCUACUCCCACCCAAGGUGCUCCUGUCCCCGAGCCUGCAGACGUUUCCCUCCUCUACUUGGGAGAUGUGAAGAUCUCAGAAGAGGCCACAUUGGUGGAACUGAAGUCAAAGGCCAUGGCCUUGCCCUCUGUCUCCAAGCUUGCAGUCCAGUCCACAGCCCUGCUUAGGGUCUGGACAGUGGAGAACAAGCGUCCCAGCAGGCUCUUGCGUACUGGCUGGCGACAGCUCAAGGAGUACAGACUGGGCCGGAGAGCAGAGCUCUGCUUAGAGCUUCUUCAAAAAGAGGAAGACCUGGGCCCUCGGGAUGUGCUGCUGAGGACACAGCUACACAUUCCCGGUGAGAGGGCCUACACCCUGCCAAUGGACCUGGUAUGGGACACCACCCGAGGAUGGACUGCUGGCUCCUUGAGGCAGAGAGUGGCUGAUUUCUAUUCUCUUCCUGUGGAGAAGAUUGAAAUUGCCAAAUAUUUUCCUGAAAAGUUUGAGUGGCUUCCAAUAUCUAGCUGGAAUCAGCAAGUUGCCAAAAGGAAAAAGAAGAAAAACCAAGAUACUUUGCAAGGAGGACCAUAUUACUUGAAAGAUGGAGACACUAUUGGCAUUAAGAAUCUCCUGUUUGAUGAUGAUGAUGACUUCAGCACAAUCAGAGAUGACAUUGGAAAGGAAAACCAGAAGCAGCUGGCUUUGGAGAAAAAGAAAAGCCGAGAAGUCCUACGUGCACAGAGCAGUGAUGUGUUCUCCAAUGCAGAGAUGGUCACUCGGCCCCGGGGACCAGAAGCUUCUCUGUCCAUCCAUGUUGCGAGCUUCAGAUAGCCCCUGCAGCGUAUUGUACUGUACUCCAGAUAGAACCACUCUAUCAAUUCCAUGACUGCUGCCUUGUGGGUUUAUGGUGGACAAGCUGGUUGACUCCAUAGCUAAUGAUAUCAAGUCUUCAGCUUUGCGACAAGCAAAGGGAUGACAUUUCUCAGGCCAAGCAAGAGUACCUGAUCACCAUUUCUGCGACACAGCAGCUGCAGAGCUGGCCCAGACCCAGAUACUGUGCCAGUCAGUAUGGACAUCCCAAACCUGGUCCCAGUGGCCUCUUUCCAAAAAAUGUACUUCUGGACAAUGGCAAGUUGUUCAAAGAGGACAAAUCUGAUAGGUAAGACACAUGGUCCGUUAUUUACACUGUUGAGGUGACCAGUAAGUCAUCUAAAGCUGAAGCUGCAAAGAAAGAGUAUGUGUGUCCUGAAUUCAUUCUUGGUUCCAGCCUUCACCAUAGCAUGUGCCUCUUCUUGGGCCAAGUUCAAAGUAGAACUCUAAGACAGCUGUGCAGGAAGAGCCAAGUAUGGCACCCAUGGCUCAGGCUGACGUUCCCUUGGUGUGAUGUUUACCACCUAUAGCCUGGCAAGAGGCAGGGCAUUACAAAAGCCUAGCACAACAAAUCCAGGUUCCCAGUUGUCCUGAGCAAACUGAGGCCUUUUCCUUCUCAGUCAGUACAGGUAAAUAGCUCAUCUAAGAGAUCUGGUAUUCAUGUACUGUAACUAAUACGCUAUCAAAACAGUAUCUGUUACUGAACUGGCAGGUUUGGGACCCUUGACUGACUUAGUCUAUGUCAGCACUCCUAAGAGGAGUUGUCAAGGUCUCAGCUUCUCAUCAGUUCUUACACGUCUUCAUGUAAGAGAACUAAGGUAGGAAGAGACAGAGUUUAAAAAGUAACUUUGGCCUGGGCUUCAGCUGUCCCUUGCUGGCUAGUUUUUCACAUUCUGGUAUAGCCAUGUUGGUGGUGCUGAUACGCCAUGUUGGUGGUGCUGAUACUCAGCAGGUAGCCUGUUCUUCCUUCAUCUGCCCAACACCAUUUGCCAGAGUCAGUGUCAUUUUAGGUGACCAUUUCUGUUGAAGCACUUGUAUCAUAAGAUGUUGGACUUGGACUAGUGACCAUGUCUUUGUAGCUACACACCAAGGGGUUCCAGGAGACCCAAAUAGUAAACAUUACUUGAUUAUACCUGAGCCCUCUGGGUAAUGGCUACUGUUUCUUGUACUGUAACUGACAUAGCUCCUUAGAUUAUCCUUUCAACCCAGCUUCUGGCACAGUCCUGAUGUGCAAACUGAGACACUUUGCUUAUGUCUUGAGCCAGAGGCUCUCUGACUCUUAAGUACCUGGAGGAGCCAGAAGACAUGUCUCAAGUGCUGGCUGCAGCCCAAGCCUGUUGACAGGCCUUUCUAUUUGGUUGGGUUUUCUUUGUUUUCUUUUUAAUUGGGAGAUAGAAUAGGCUAAACAGAGGGGGAAAAAACACUAAGACUUUAUUAAAAAAAUAAAAUAAACCAUUUUUAAAGUUGCAGUCCUUGGUUCUGCCAUACACUGACUGCUUAUGUUCUGCUGCUUGAAGAGAACUUGUAUGCUCUAGCAACUUCAGACACUCAACAAACAUGGCUUAUAUUAGAAAUAGUGCUUUGGGAAUAAGUAUAUUUUGGCUUAAAAUAAAUCUAGACUUGUGGUUAAGUAUUUUGGUAGAAAAUGGUUGUCACAUAGCUCUGUUCACUAUUCUGAGAACAGGAUCUGGCCAGGGCCAAAGUGGUACCAAGAAUUUCCUGUCCAUCUAAAACUGUGGUUUCAUAGCUGCUAGUUCCCUCUAGAUCAGACUUAACUAUGAGGGACUCAAUGGUGGCAGAAUCUUCAUACUGCCGAAGGGAACAUAAACAGAUCCCUCUUUUAAGGUCAGUAAACCAAACAACAGUGUAUGGAAGUGAUUCAUUGCACCUUGACAAGAAGCAUGAACAGCUGCUGCAGUCCACCAGCUGAGACAUCUGCACUGACUUUUUUGUUGCUAAUGACUAACCCAGGGCUGUGCUGACUGAACAGCCCAUCCAACAGACACCCCCACCCCAACCCCAAUGCAAUGACUCUGUUUUGCUUUAUAGCUACCAAGUCAGCCUGUUUUCAGAGCAGCAAGCAAUUGUCAGAGCACAAGAAUGAGGACAGGAAUGCUGACUGUGGAAGAUCAAAAACAGGCUUGUUUUUAUUAUACACAGAAGAACUUAUUUACAACUCUCUGAUGUGGACUAUGUACAUAACAAUACAAGAGGCGUCUGCUCCAAGUGAUCACUAUAAAUUAAGAUUAUAAAUAUGAGGGUUAGCCCCACCUGCAGGCACAAAACCUUUUCUCCAAUUCCCCAGGGAUCUUUCCUUCUCUCCCUCUCUGAAGAGACUGGACCUCUCACUUCUUGUUGACUAUAUAACACUGCUGCUUUGGUCACUAACAACUGAUUCCCAGCACCUCUUACCCAAAUGCAAUGCUUUCUCAAGGGGCCACUGAAGACUUGAGUGUUGCCCUCAGUUGCUUCUCCUCCUCCACCAACCUAAAUUUCAGUUGAUCUGUCACAGGCUCUAUGACUUCUCGAAGGUCAGAUGAUCCAUGCCUUCACAUUCCAGAUGGAAAGGUGACAACUGUUUUCAUUCAGGGUUGCUUUCAUGGAGGCAACAAGGUCCACAGGCAGACCAGAGAUUUUUCCCAGCGUACACGUGACAUGUAACGGAUCCCACAGAUAACGGGCAGUUGCUUUGAUGAAACUCUAGGUCUAGGGCACAAUACAGCAGGAAUUGCACUGUAGGCUCCCCAUGCUCCACUCUACUGGCUCUCAGAUGUCACCAAUGAAGGGAAGAUGAUCAAGGCAUCUGCAGAACAAGCAGCACUUCAACCCUGCCUCCUUGGCUGGGGCUGCAGAAGGCUCCACCCAGAGUCCAACUCAGCACUUCUCAUGUCGGAUAGAAAAGCACUGGCAGAGUUCCUCUCUGGCUGAGGACAACCCAGCAGCCCUCCUGCCAAGGCUGAGCUAAAGUUCUUUCCAGCUGGUAUACAAGUCCCUGUUGAGGAUUGCCAUCUCUGAAAGCGGGGAAAAGGGUUAAGUCAGUGGCAAUGAAGGCCAAGGGCAUCCCCACCUAGGAACUACCCAUUGAGAGUAUAGUCUGGGUCUUGUGGAGCUUUUGCCACCAACAGUGCCACCUGCUGUUUCAGAGCCAAUUCUGCCCAGCAGAUAAUGGCAGGGCAGCAGCAAUGUGGGCUCUGGUUAGAGUCCUCACAGACACCUCCUGGGACACCAGGACUCACAGCAGAUGAGAAGUCACUACAAAGCCUGAGAUUCUGGGCCACCUGAGGUGGAACCCAGGCUGCCCCUAGCAACUAUUCAUUCUCCCAUGGCAUGCUUGGUCUCCACCAUAACGCUGAGCUAGUGUAAACUCAUCCUUGUCUGCCGAGACUAGACUGCAGACACCUCUAGCAUCCUAAGCAGAUACAUGGACUGUCCACGUGCUCACAGCCCGAGGCCUGGCCUAAGCAGGAGGGCUUUCCUUUCCUCCUUCACAGAUAAUAGGCCUGGAAACAUAUCCCUGUCACUUUCAAACCAGGAAAGUGCAUAACCUUUGUUUUUAAAAAUUAAAAUUUGUGAACAAAAGGGACAGUAGCAGUGGGCAGCCUUUGCAAGGCUGCUGUGAAGAACCACAGAGUGGCUGUCAGGCACAGAGAACAUUCUGGUAAGGACCACUGAGGCUGGACCCAACUCUGCUUCUGAGACCUAGUAGAGGUGGAAAUGGUACUGCCCAGUGUAACCAAUAAAGGACACUGGAAAGGAGUACACAGGACAGUCUGAGCAUGUGGCCCAGGUAAGAAGGUUCUGCAGAGGUGCCAGGUGCCGGGCGGUCAGGCUUCACCAUAUUCCCUGUGAUCCACAAGGCAGGUCAGCAAGAGCCACAAGUGGAUUGACACAGUCUUCCCCGAAUGACUGCAGCUAGGAAAAGUAUUCUCAAAGGUAGCUGUGUUGGUAUGUUCAAGACUCCAAAGCUGUAACCAACAGGCAUCAGGCUUCCUGU